AUAGGCAGAAUCUGCGGCGCGGUUCCUGGGAGCGAGUGAGUGCGCGGCUGAGCGAAGGUAGCAGGCGCAGGGUGAAACCGGGGGGAAAGAGACGCGCCGCAACAAACGACACCGGACUACAAAAAAAAAAAGAAAAGAAGAAAAAAAAAGUACUCAGCCUCCGCGCACAUUAUCCCGAAAUUCAGAUGUAAUAGAAAAACAAAAAGCGAACCCCCCCCCCACCCCCCUGCGCCUGAACACGGAACGCUUUUCUGCAGGGGAGGGGUUGGUGGCGCUGAUUGGGAGUUGGUGCGGCCGGUGUGACGUCAGAGCCGCCGGUGCUGCGAGGAGUUCUCAGAAUAGACUUCUAGGAAACGGUAAAUUUUAAAAGCCAAGCCUUUACACUCUGUCCUUCACACAAUUUGGACCUCGUCCUGGCGACAACACACUCCAGCCCGCUGCCGCAGAAGUCCGCAAGGUCUCCCGUCUAAGCAGGCUUUUAAUGACAACCACUAUUUUAUUCUAAACUGCAGUUUGUUUGGGUCUGUGGAGCUCUUCCUGUCUUAUAUCGCUUACAAUCGUCCUAUUUAUAUCAAACCAAUGUCACGGAUUGUUUUUUAGGCCGAUUUUUUUUUUUUUUAUUAUUAUUAUUACUCGGACACAAUCACAGUCUCCAGGUUUUCGUUAUUUUUCUCUAAAAGUGAGAUUUAACUGGAUUGUAAACCCGGAGGAUUGAAGAAAUACCAUGAUUCUUUGUGUGCCUGGACCCAGAGCUCUCCCGCCUGCAGCUCCGUCCACUGAAGCCCCACGGGGUAUGCAGGGACGACCUGUACUUUUCAGCCCCUGCCCUCCAAGACAACCUCAGCGCCGGGAUACUACAAUAGAUAUAGAGACAAUCCUCUGCAACUUCCGCUAUCUCGAACAAGCAGGAUGGUACUGGGGAGAUGUGACUGCAGCUGUGGCCCACGCCGCACUUAAAGAGGCACCUGAAGGAGCCUUUUUGGUACGAGACAGCAGCCACCCUAUGUACAUGCUGACCCUCUCGGUCAAGACUGCCCGCGGUCCGACAAGUAUACGGAUCCAAUACAAGGACUCGAGGUUCUCGCUUGAUUCCAGCUCCCCUGCCCGACCCACCCUGUCGUCUUUCUCCAACGUCCCCGGUCUGGUGCAGCACUACAUGGGACAGGAGAAGGAAACGGAGGAGAAGAAAGUGGUGGAGGAGGCUCCUUCAAAACAGUCUCAGCAGGUCAUUCACGAGUCGUCUAUGGUACUAAAACUGAAGUGGGCAGCAUACAAACCCCAGGAGUUCCCCUCCCUGCAGCACCUUGCACGCCUCUGCAUAAACAGACACACCGACAGACUUGACCAGCUACCACUCCCGUUCCCUCUAAUUCGCUACGUGGUGAGCUACCCCUUCAAGGUAUGAGAGUUCAAUCGGAUCCGUUUUUUCGUGGAUGUAUCUCAGCUCAAAGGAAAGACUGAAAAAAAAGGAAAGAAAUGUCCUUUGUGCCUGUAAAGGACAUAGCUGCUGCAACAGUUGGAGGCCAGUCACAAAAAUACUGGACGCAGGGUCAUGUUGUUGUUGACAAAAUAUGUACAAAUUCAGUGAGUACUGGUGUGUCUGGUUCCAGACUUAAUUUGUCAAGGACUGGGUGGCGAAACGCCCCAGAAAAAGGCGACCUGUGAGCAAAAACACAGUACUGUAAUCUACGAAUAUUUUAUGAUGGAUGUGGAACUUGCCCAUAUCCGUUUUGCCACCAUCAGCUCUGGAUAUAUACGCUGUUCCCAAGAAGUACACUGAUUCCAUUUUACACCAUUUUAUUUUUCUCAAUAAAGCAUUUUUUGUACCUUU